UCGCUGCCCCAGCCCCGGCAGCGCCGGGGGCUCCGGGCUCCCGCAGCCGGGGCUCCCUCGGGCCGAGCACGGGAGCGCCAUGCACGAGCUCAACGAGAGCAGCUUCGACCCCAUCACCUUUGUCCUGACGGGCAUCCCGGGCAUGGAGGAGUCCCACGUCUGGAUCUCCGUCCCCUUCUGCCUGAUGUACCUCACGGCCGUGCUCAGCAACCUGCUGCUGCUCUUCGUCAUCGCCACGGACCGCAGCCUCCACGAGCCCAUGUACCUGUUCCUGGCCAUGCUGGCCCUCUCCGACCUGCUGCUGUCCACCACCACCGUGCCCAAAAUGCUGGCCAUCUUCUGGUUCGGCGCCAGGGAGAUUUCCUUCGACGCCUGCAUCACGCAGAUGUUCUUCACCCACUUCAGCUUCAUCGUGGAGUCCUCGGUGCUGCUGGCCAUGGCCUUCGACCGCUACGUGGCCGUGUGUGCCCCGCUGCGCUACGCGGCCAUCCUGACGCCCUCGGCCAUCGCCAAGGUGGCGGCGGCCGCCGUGGCCCGCGGCUGCUGCAUCAUGUUCCCGCCCGUCUUCCUGCUGAAGCGGCUGCCCUACUGCGGGCACAACGUCAUGCCCCACACCUACUGCGAGCACAUGGGCAUCGCGCGCCUGGCCUGCGCCGACAUCCGCGCCAACGUGUGGUACGGGCUGACCACGGCGCUGCUCUCCUCGGGCCUGGACGUGGUGCUCAUCGCCGCGUCCUACGCGCUGAUCCUCCGCGCCGUGUUCCGCCUGCCGUGCCCCGCCGCCCGCCUCAAAGCGCUCAGCACCUGCGGCUCCCACCUCUGCGUCAUCCUCAUGUUCUACGUGCCCGCCUUCUUCUCCUUCCUCACGCACCGCUUCGGCCGCCAGAUCCCCAGCCAGGUGCACAUCCUGCUGGCCAACCUCUACGUGGUGGUGCCGCCCAUGCUGAACCCCAUCGUGUACGGGGUGAGGACCAGGCAGGUCCGGGAGCGCGUCACCCGCCUGCUCUGCCCCGCGGGCGCCGAGGGUCCCUGCAGGGCCUGAGCGGGCAGGGGGUGAGGGAUGGGCUCUGCACAGCAGCAGCCAGGCUGCAGCGCCUCUUGGCCUGGAGGAGCCGCUCUGCCCGCGGCUUCCAGGGCAGCUGAAGCAGCUGUGAUUGCUGGAAACGUGGGCUUGGCUCAGCAGCAUCUCCACUGCUGCUUCCCCUCAGUUCCUUCACUGGCAGAGACUGCGUAGGGUCAGCUGGGAAGCACCCAGGCACUGGGCCCUGCUGGCUCACUGUCACCUGCUACAGCUGGUUGUGUUUGCUGUCCUACAGCUUCGUUUCUGCCUGUUCGCCUUUCUAACAGUCCAGGCCAUGAACACCUUGCUGGUUUCCAGACUGAAGCAUGGCUGGAUGGGCCCCACAGUGCUCACCGUGGCACAGAGGGGGUUUGUCCUCCUGCCCUCAUUGCUGAGGGACCCUGGCCCCUCCUGCUGCUGAAGGUUUCCCUGCUGAAGUGCCCCGAGAGCUUGGGAAAGGCUUUAUUGUCCUGUGUUUGGGGGAAACGUCCCUUAAACCAUGACUCCCAAAUGCAAUUCAAGCCUUCAGAGUGGUGUGUAAAGGGACAGUGGUUUCCUGCACCCAGCACAUCCCACAGGGGUGCUUUCUGUCUCGGCAGAGCAGCUCUGCCUCACCCAGGCAGUGACCAGAGAGUUUUGGCUGAGGAGCUCAGGGAGCCCUUUCUGGAGGCUCCGCAGCUCUCACAGGAGUGGGGUGGUGUGGCCCUGUGUCACAGUGAGGCCCCAGGUGUGCCCCUGGUGUUGCCCCUGAGGGGUACCAGACCAGCCAUUUCUGCAGAACGUCCCUCUGCCCUGAGUGGGGGCAGCCAGCACUCCCAGUCCCACAGCCUGGCCGGGCUGCAGAGCUGCCCCA